AUGGAGGUAACUCCAUCCAACGUGGCCAUGCUAUGUUCUGCUGCUCGUUUCUUGGAGAUGGAAUGUGAUAAUGUUCUUGGAACACACAGCUUGAAACCCCAUAUUGAAAAGUUUCUUGAAGGGAUUCGUUUCUGGACUUGGUCUGAGCUCCUAGAGGCAUUGAAACAGUGUCAAGACUUAAUUUCUUCAAAAAGUUAUUUGGCAAUUCUGGACAGAAUUGUUGAUCACUUGAUAGAAAGGCUACUAAUUUCACCGGGUAUUACAAGCCCAUAUACAUGUUCCUCUAACAGAUCCAGCUUCCAGUUUUCUUGUGAUACAAGCAGUAACAACAGCUGGAGAAAUAACUGCUCUGGGGCUACAUGGUGGUUUGAACAUCUUGUGUUCUUGAAGAUUGAUUUGUUGGACAAAGUCAUAAGGACAAUGAUAUCUCAUGAUUUUGAUCAUGGUGUGGUCUCUAGGUUUCUGUUCUACUAUCACAACUCAAGUUGUCUUGGUGCUAUACAUGCUGAGAAGAUUGAGACAACCAAGGUUGUGAUCAAUCUUCUUUCAUUGCUAGACUUAAGAUCAAUUUCUUGCAAGGAUUUGUUCAAUCUUAAUCGAAUUGCUAUUAGCUUGAAAAUAAGCACAUGUUGUAUAAACAAGAUAGAAAGUCUCAUAGGUCCUCUGCUGGAUCAAGCAACAAUAGAUUAUCUACUUCUUCCAUCUCCACACGGGAGGGUUCAUGCAUAUGAUGUUGAUUUUGUCCUACGGCUCAUACACAUAUUUUUCAUUGGAGGAAGUUUUGAGUUAACUUUGAAUCGACUCAAGAGAGUGGCGAAAAUGAUGGAUUUGUUCCUUGUUGAAGUUGCACCAGAUCCCAAUCUCAAACCUUGUGAACUUGAAGCAUUGAUUACAGUGCUCACAGAUAAUGCAAGGGAAUCUCAUGAUCAAUUAUACCUAGCCAUUGACAUGUAUCUAAAGGUCCAUGCAGGAUUAAGUGAAAAAGAAAAGAUGAGUAUCUGUUAUACACUGAACCACGAGAAGCUCUCAGCUGAACUUUUCAGACAUCUUACUCGAAACUUGACAUUUCCUUCAGAGGCAAAACCCAGAGCUCAUGUUACUAGACAAAACCGAAUGAAGACCUUACUCUCAGAGAAUGAUCAUUUGAAGACUUUUUUUGACUCCAUGUUUCGUAAAAGCUUCAAGAACAUAGAAGUGAAAGAGGAUGAUGAAAAGGGAAUCUAUGAUGCUGAUGAGCUUAGAGGAAAUUUGGAAGGAAUGCAGGGUGGGACCCAACUGGGUAGUGUAAAGAAGUCAGGGAUUCAUAUCAUGAGCAAUGCUUUAUACUUGCCAAAACUUUGUUCAUGA